GCGGCCCAAGAAAUAGCAACAACAACAACAACAACAAAAGACAAAAAAGACUAAAGAAAAAAAAAAAAAAUCCAGUAGGCAAACACCCCUAAAAUCAAUUGAUUCUUGAUCAAACGGCCUGUAUUGUUCAGUGGGGAAAAGGAGAUAGUGAUGGAACAACUGGAGAAAGGAAUAGAACAGAAUAAAUAUUGGUUCAUAUCUCAUACCAUGUGCAAAAAAUUAGUUUGAGAUGGAGCAUCAACCUAAAAGCAAACAUCCUAUGAAGCUUCUAUAAGCUGGCCUAGGCAAAGAUUUCAUUGAUAGGUCAAAGCUAAAAAUGGUAAAUUGGGUUAUACCAAAAUUUUAAAUUUCUGCUCACCAAAAGCUUCUUAAGAAAAUAGGCAGGCUACAUACUGAGAGAAAAUAUUCACAGUUAAUAUAUUUGACACAGGACUUUUCAGUAAAUAUAAUGAAGUACAACGCAAAACAACUCAAUUAAAAAUGUGAGCUAAAGACCUAGCAGACAUUUCACAAAAGAGGUAUGGGAAUGGAUGAUAAGUAUUUGAAAAGUGUGCCUUAGAAUGUCAGUAGCUAGGAAAAUGCAAAUUAAACCACAAGGAAGUAGCAGUACACACCACUAGGGUGCAUAAAAUAUAAAAGACCACGCAGUAUAUUGGCAAGUCUAGGGUAUAAUUGGAAUUCUCAUAUAUUGUUGGGAAAGUAGAAAAUGGUACAGACACUUUAGAAAAAUUUUUGAUAGUUUCUUAUGAAGUUAAACAUACUUCUUCCAUGACUCAGGAAUUCCACUCCUUGUUAUUUACCCAAAAUGAAAAGGUCCUCGGAAAGACUUGCGUACAGGCGUUCAUAAAAACCUUAUUCAUAAGUGCCCCGAACUAAAGACAACCCCGAUGUCUGUGAAAGAACGGGUAAACAGAUUGUAUAUAGUUCAGUGAAAUUCCCCUCAACAGUAAAAAGGAACCUAGUGUUGGUGCCCACGGGGACACUGCUGCGUCUCCCGAAACGCUGAGCAGAAGAGGCCAGAGGAGGGAACACACUGUUUGAUUAUGUCUCCGUGAGCUUCUCAAGCAGGGAAGACUCACCUGUGGUGGCUGGAAUCUGGCAGCGUGUGUCUCUGGAAGGGGCUGCCGGGAAUGGCUGCAGAGGACGCUCUGGAGUGGUGGACUGUCCUCCGUCUUGUUAGGGCCGUGAGAUAGAAGGGUGUGCACGUGUUUGUUAACUCAUCAGGUUCCAUACAAUUUGUGCAUUUCUCUUUAAGAAAACUAUACCUCACUUACAAAAAAAGCCAGAACAAUGAUGCUAAAAAUUACGCGUAUGUUAUUUACUCUCAGAGAACAGUACUUGCGGGUUUUGGUUCUUGCUGUCAGAGUGGCUCGAUAAGUACACGGACCCUGUGUGUUUACUGAAUUUAGCUCUUAUGCCGGUAGAACAAUAUUGUGACACACGUUUCUGCCCUGUUGGCUUCCCUUUCAUGAUGCUUGAAAGAAGCCAAGAGUGAAAAUUUAAAACAGUUUAUCAGUUAUCUUUUGAGAAUUAAUCUAGAGCAUCAAGUCACAUGAGAUAUGGUGCAGCCUGUAAGUAGAUAGAUUCUCCUAGAAAAAGUGUGGAGACAUUUUGUCUUUGUUGUGCUUUUUUUUAAAAAAAAGCACAUUUACUUACUAGCGUUUUUUUCUUCUUUCCUCCCUCCAUCCUUUCCUUUCUUUCUUUCUUUCUCUUGUUAAAUACAGAAAAGUAUAAAGAAGAAAAUCAAAAUGGCCCAUAAUCUUACCAUCUAGAUGGUUCCUGUUACCCUUUAAAAAAUAAAUGAAUAAUAUAUGCUUCUGAUCAGAGAAUUCAAUUGGUACAGAAAGUUAAAAAAUAAAAACUCCAUGUCGUUCAUAUUUCUCUCUGAAGAUGUAACUCUAUUAAGUAUAGUAUGUCGUUGUAGAAAAUCUUGUUCAUAUAUCAAAAUAUGUAAUAAUUUCUAUAAAGCCAUGAAAAUAUACAAAAAGCAGGUUUAUUAUAUGCUGCUUUAUACCUCGGUUUUUUUCCCACCUAGUUUAUCUUGAAGAUAUUUCUAAAUAAGUACAUGCCCUGUUUUUCAUUUAGUUGUAUACCUUUCAUUGCAUUGUACAGCUAUUUAGAUUAUUUUCACUCUUUAAUGAAAAAUAAUGUUUUAAAGAACAACUUUAACUUUGUGUUAGUGAGAUGUUGCUUUUUUUUUAAUUAAGAGAUGUUUAGCCCUUUAUAGAUUGACUAUUUUGGGCCUUUCUCCUAUCUUAGAAGACUUGGAAGUAGCUGUGUCUUCUCAGCCUUGGCAUUAGCCACCUUUUAGGCGGGAUAAUUUUUGGCUGUAGUGCUGUUUUCUCCAUCCUAGGGUAUUUGGCAGCAUCUCAGGACUAGAUGCUGCAGCGCCCUCCUUCCUCAGGCGUAACAGCCGGAAAUGUCUCCACACCCUCGGGGUGCAAAGAUGCUCCUGGUUGAGGACCAGUGAUACAGAGAGCAUUGCAGGUCUGCCCAGAUGGUUGCCCCGCCUCUCCCGAUUGAGGAGCUGCAGAAAUCAGAUUCCUCCUCAUCUUGGUGUUUCAGUGGGUGCAGAAAAAGGAGAGCGUAAGGAAGGGAUAGAGGUUAUCCCACAGAGUCCAGGGAGUGCAUCAGAGUUUGUGAGCAACUGACAGCGGUCAGAAGCCAAAGCAACGCAGUAUGUGUUUGGUCGUACAUUUGGCAGGUGUUCAUUGAAUGCCUGCUAUCUCCUAGGUGGGCACUAGGUGUUUCGUGUUGAAAAAAAGAGAAGCUCUAUGAAGCUAAAGGUUCAUGGGUAGUUUUUUUUCCCUAGAUUGGGGAAGGGCCUGAUAGGAAUGUUGCAAGGAGAGGGAAUAGCGUGUAUUCGAAGUUGCAGCAAGUCAGGGGGGGAAGGUUCAGCUUUUUGUGGAAGUGAAAGACUGCCGCUUUGAAUGGAGAAUGACUGGAUGAGGAGGGAGAAGUGGAUUUCAGGUGAGGGUGGAGAGAGAGCCACGGGCCAGAUGACGUCGCAGGUAGGGCCUUGUAGGCAGAUCUGGGUUGGUGUUGGACGCCUGGUGGGAAGCAGCGGCAGGGCUGUCAGCGGGUGAGCGACAUGAACAGACUUCCAUUCCAAAGUGGGUGUUCCGGCCGCUGUGUGGACUGUGCAGUGGAGGAAGCGAGGGCAGGAGUAGGGAGCCUGGUGAGGCUGUGGUGGUGUCGCUAAAGUAUAAGGGUGGUAAGGACAUUAGGCUGAUGACAGCGGAGGGAGAGGGAGAUGGACAGGUUCCAAAGAGUCUGGAAGUAGCAUUAAGGAAAAUGGGUGAUCAUUUUCAAGGGGGCCGUGAAGACGGAAGGUGUUCGUGGUGACUGCUGCAGCUCUGGCUUGGACGGUGGGUUCAGUUGCCGUUACUGUGAUGUGCCCACUGGGUGCGGAGUUCCAGUGGAUGAGAGCACAGAAGAGCGAGAGUCCAGCUUUAGGGGUGUGAUGUGUGAGAUGCCUGUGGAAUAUCCUGUUAGAGGCACCGAGGAGGUAAAUCCGACACAUACUCUAGUGCUGAGUGUAAGAAUCUGCUUCUCAGAGGAGAGGGUAUAUAUGGGUGAGGAAAAGAAUGGCGAGUUGUUGGCACUUAGACGAUCACAGUGUCCAAGAAGAGAGUGUACCUCAAUGAGAGCACCGGGUCCAGGCUGAGCCCCAAAGAAAUCUGACCUUCAGAGGUUGGAUAUAAGAGCAGCAAUAGGCUGAGACGGGAAGGAUGCUUGGGAGGUAGGAAGCCAAUCAGGAGCAGGCGACGUCAUAGGAAUUGUUUCAGGGGGCCGGUGGGAGGGGUCAGCUGGGUCCAGCGUUCUGAGAUAAUGGUGAGGCUGGUCGUGACCCCUGAGAUGCACUCUUAACUACUCUGGUUUCUUAUCAUGCUUGACGGGGGUGGGGCGGUGGUGUUGGUGAUUAGCCACCAGUGGAGAUUGGAGCCCAGAUAGGGAAAGGACCUUAAGAAACACAUAACCCGUUGAUUUAGGGCAGCUUUCCUAACCUUUUCUAUAAGCAGCACAGCCCAGCAAAACUGUUCUAGUGCUAAGCUUUGAGUUCAGCUGACCAGCAAUCAGCUCCUGGGGAAUAUGCAGCAAGAUGUAAACAUGAACGUUUGUCAGGUUCUCUGUUACUCGCGUCCUUGGUGAUAUUUCUACUUCAUAAAUCAUACUUGUUCAAAAUACUGCAGAUCUGUACAAUUAAUACCUUCUGGUCUCUGAAUAUGGAUGUCAGAAUUUGUUUAUCUUCAGAGUGUUUGAGCAGUUUUUCUAGACAUCUUUCUAUCUUUAAUUUUUCCUUCUGCCUCAUCUUAGAUCUUAGCAAAGAUACUCAUUUUGUUGGUAGUGCCAGGAAGCAGGCAGUUUCCAUGGCAACUGACAGAUCGCGUUUACUGUGGAAAUUUCCGGAAUUAACAGAGCUGCAUUGCAGAAGGAUGCAUAAAGCAGUAUUCAUCUAGACAGCCUAGCAGUAUGGACACAGAAGAACAGUUGCAGUGGUGUUCAGGAGAGAGACUGAGAACACACAGCAUUGAAUCGUCAGGAAAACUGAAGAUCUCCCCUGAGCAGCACUGGGAUUUCACUGCAGAGGACUUGAAAGACCUUGGAGAAAUUGGACGAGGAGCUUAUGGUUCUGUCAACAAAAUGGUCCACAAACCAAGUGGGCAAAUAAUGGCAGUUAAAAGAAUUCGGUCAACAGUGGAUGAAAAAGAGCAAAAGCAGCUUCUGAUGGAUCUGGACGUGGUGAUGAGGAGCAGCGACUGCCCGUACAUUGUUCAGUUUUACGGCGCACUCUUCAGAGAGGGUGACUGUUGGAUCUGUAUGGAACUCAUGUCUACCUCGUUUGAUAAGUUUUACAAAUAUGUAUAUAGUGUAUUAGAUGAUGUUAUUCCAGAAGAAAUUUUAGGCAAAAUCACUUUAGCAACUGUGAAAGCACUAAACCACUUAAAAGAAAACUUGAAAAUCAUUCACAGAGAUAUCAAACCUUCCAAUAUUCUUCUGGACAGAAGUGGAAAUAUUAAACUCUGUGACUUUGGCAUCAGUGGACAGCUUGUGGACUCCAUUGCCAAGACCAGAGAUGCUGGGUGUAGGCCGUACAUGGCACCUGAAAGAAUAGACCCGAGUGCAUCACGACAAGGAUACGAUGUCCGCUCGGAUGUCUGGAGUUUGGGGAUCACACUGUACGAACUGGCCACGGGCCGAUUUCCUUAUCCAAAGUGGAAUAGUGUAUUUGAUCAACUAACACAAGUCGUGAAAGGAGAUCCGCCGCAGCUGAGUAAUUCUGAGGAAAGGGAAUUCUCCCCAAGUUUCAUCAACUUUGUCAACUUGUGCCUUACGAAGGAUGAAUCCAAAAGGCCAAAGUAUAAAGAACUUCUGAAACACCCCUUUAUUUUGAUGUAUGAGGAACGCACCGUAGAGGUCGCAUGCUAUGUUUGCAAAAUCCUGGAUCAAAUGCCAGCUACUCCCAGCUCUCCCAUGUAUGUCGAUUGAUACCGCUGCUACGUCGGACUCUAGAAAAAAGGGCUGAGAGGAAGCAAGACGUAAAGAAUUUUCAUCCUGCAUCACAGUGUUUUUAUUGCUCGCCCAGACACCACGUGCAAUAAGAUCGGUGUUCGUCUCCAUCCUGUCUGUAAACUCCGUACCCCGUCACAUCCAACCCGUCACGCAGUGUUAGUGCUGGUCAGAGAGGCCUCGUCCUGCUCGUCCGUGAUGACCGUGGCCGUGAAUCUCGGAAGUUAGUACCAUCAGUUUGUUGGCUGUGAUUAGAUUUCACCUUAAGUUCAUUUCUAGACUCGAAACCCGGAGACGCAGCUGGUGGAAUGGUGUUUUGUCAGACUGCCAAGGGCCGGGUGCGCCGUGUCUGAACACAGACUCAGGCUCGCGUGAGAAGAGCGUGCACAGCCGACGAGACAUGUUGCCUCUGGAGCUGGGAGACUUCCUUCACCAAGUGCAAUAGGUUCACGGAUCGGACGUUCUCUUGCUUUACAGCCACCGUCGAUGUUUGGGGGUCGAUGUGCUCGGCCAAAUUUCCUGUUUGAAAGAUCAUGUCCAAUUAGUGAAUUUACCUUUACCAAAAACCCAGUAGCGUCCGGAGAGGUGCACAUCCCAACGUGAGACAGGACGGAACGUGUUCUUCCCUCCUUUCCCAGUCCUUCUGCUCGUCACUGGGAAGACUCAGGAGUCUGCCGCUUGUCAAAGAAGGUGCUGAUCCUAAGAAUUUUCGUUCUCAGAAUUCGGUGUGCUGCCAACUUGAUGUUCCACCUGCCACAAACCACCAGGACUGAAAAAAGGAGAAAGGACGGAGGGCAGGGGCAGAGUUUACAGGUGUUUUUAAUUCUCGUGUCGUUUCUGGAACAACUCGUAGCAGCUCUGCAUCUCCCCUUGGUCCCGAGCCUAGUCCUUCCUUUAGCCAUCGUAACUCGCCCGCAGGGAGGAGUAGCCAGUAGCCAUGUGCCUUGAUUGCGUAGAUGAAGAUUCCCUGUGGGCGGCAAAAGACCAAAUCUGCUGUUUGGCGUCACUGGUUCAGGUCUGCAGCUUCUGAGUCUCUUCUCUGCCUGUGUGGUCUCCCGCCGUUCUGUGACUUUCGCUUAACCCGAGGUUGCGCCUUUUUUCCCCUCCCGGAAGGAAACCUUUUUAAUUACCAGGGCUGUUCCUCCCCAGGGACGUUGAGCCCCCGUCUCUCAAACGCCAUCGUGUUCCGCAGGCUGGAAAGUGUGAGGCCCUGCCGACGGGGUGGGCGCUGAUCGUAAGCUCGUCCCCUGCCAGGAUCUCUAGCCCGGCGCCGCCGCCGCCGUCUCUUGGAAUUGGAAUUCUGCAGAAAAACGAAACAAAACAACCCACAGAAGACAAAACCCACCCAACCCCAGGAUAGUCGGGAGAGGCCGUCUGAAUCCGCAUCUUCUGCCGCCCUUCCUCACUCAGCCCGGCCCCGAGCAUCCGUGGCACAGGCGGUUGAGCAGCGCUGUGAGUGGCUCAGGCUCCCUGGAGUGUAACGCGGCCGAGGUUGGGGCGCAGGCGACGCCGUGACAGAGCCAGAUAGUGGUAGGUGUGGCGGUGUCUCCUCCCGAGUGAGUCGCAAACACUUUCCAACCAUAAAGGGAGGAUGGUGCUGUUUCAAGUUACUUCCCUGUAAACUUCAGAAUUCACAGAGGCUUCUUCGCUUUGGUCCACCUGCCUGCUUUUCCUGUUUCUCCCCCGCGGGUCAACGCGGACUUCCCAGUGUUGCAAAGGGAUCACGGCCGUGUCUCCCUCCGACCACGCCAAGCCAUCGCCCUCCAUUGCUCCCGGGGACUCAGGAGGAGCCUGUCUCUCUGCUGUCAGCCUCCGUCUGGCUCAGCCUAGGGUCACUCUGCCAUAUGCAAGUGGAGAUCCGAGCAGUUCUGACUGUCCAGGAGCUCAUCUGACCGUUCUCUUGUGUGGAUGACCACAUACAAAGGCAAUUUUAGUGUAUUAAUCAUAGAUUAUUAUAAACUAUAAACUUAAGGGCAAGGAGUUUAUUACAAUGUAUCUUUAUUAAAACAAAAGGGUAUAUAGUGUUCACAAACUGUGAAAAUAGCGUCAGAACUGUACAUUGUGAGCUCUGGUUAUUUUUCUCUUGUACCAUAGAAAAAAAAUGUAUAAAAAUUAUCAAAAAGCUAAUGUGCAGGGAUAUUGCCUUAUUUGUCUGUAAAAAUGGAGCUCAGUAACAUAACUGCUUCUUGGAGCUUUGGAAUAUUUUAUCCUGUAUUCUCGUUUGAAUUCUUCCUCUAUUUAAGAUAUAUACAUGGAAUCGAAGUGUUUAUGUCAUAGUUCUAUCCUUUUGCCUGCAGGUCAGUUGUAAUAAAUCUAGAAUGUGAUGAUGA